CCCGGCCCCCCAGCCAAGUCCCCCAGAGCUCCAGCCCCAGCCUGAGGUGGGCACGGCACCCGGGGCUCUCGUCCGCCACCGCUCUUCUAUGUUUCUGGCCAACAGCUGAAGUCUGAACCCAGGAGACAGUUCUAGAUACUGGGGCGUUGGCCCCAAGUUCCUAAGGCUGGAGAAGAUCUGGUUCACUUUCUGUUGAUCCUGAAGGAGGCACAACCUAUUGCUGAGAAGAGAACACCGUGAGGCCUGGGGUGGGGGAUGCUCCGUGCCCAGUGUCCUGUGCAUCUGCACACUCAGGUCUUGCAGGCACAUCUCCUAACUCCAACAAGACCAGGUCACCCACCUCCCUGGCCCAGCCCCUGGGCAGGCAGAGAGUGAAGACCACACAGUGGACCCAGGGCAUUGGUGGCCACUCCAAACCCAAGGACUGCAGGCUGCCUGCUCUGUUGCCUACCACCCUCUGGCCCCUGAGCCCAGAAUGCAAGGAUGGCCAGCUCAUCUCUGCCCACCCUGGUCCCCCCGGGUCCCCACUGCCUGCGUCCCUUCACCCCAGAGUCCCUGGCAGCCAUAGAGCAGCGGGCAGUGGAGGAGGAGGCCCGGCUGCAGCGGAACAAGCAAAUGGAGAUUGAGGAGCCUGAGCGGAAGCCACGCAGUGACCUGGAAGCUGGCAAGAACCUCCCACUCAUCUAUGGGGACCCCCCACCUGAAGUCAUUGGCAUCCCCCUAGAGGACCUGGACCCUUACUACAGUGACAAGAAGACCUUCAUUGUGCUCAACAAAGGAAAGGCCAUCUUCCGAUUCUCUGCCACCCCUGCCCUCUACAUGCUGAGCCCCUUCAGCAUCAUCCGGCGGGUGGCUAUCAAGGUGCUCAUCCACGCGCUGUUCAGCAUGUUUAUCAUGAUCACCAUCUUGACCAACUGCGUGUUCAUGACCAUGAGCAACCCGCCUUCUUGGUCCAAGGACGUGGAGUACACCUUCACAGGGAUCUACACCUUUGAGUCCCUCAUUAAGAUGCUGGCCCGAGGCUUCUGCAUUGAUGACUUCACAUUCCUCCGAGACCCCUGGAACUGGCUGGAUUUCAGUGUCAUCACUAUGGCAUAUGUGACAGAGUUUGUGGACUUGGGCAACAUCUCAGCCCUGAGGACCUUCCGUGUGCUGCGGGCCCUGAAAACCAUCACUGUUAUCCCAGGGCUGAAGACGAUCGUGGGAGCCUUGAUCCAGUCUGUGAAAAAACUGUCGGAUGUGAUGAUCCUCACUGUCUUCUGCCUGAGUGUCUUCGCCCUGGUGGGGCUGCAGCUUUUCAUGGGAAACCUGCGUCAGAAGUGCGUGCGUUGGCCCCCACCCAUGAAUGACACCAACAUCACGUGGUAUGGCAAUGAUACGUGGUAUGGCAACGAUACAUGGUACAGCAAUGACACAUGGUAUGGCAAUGACACUUGGAACAGCCAGGAGAGCUGGGCCAGCAACUCUACCUUUGACUGGGAGGCCUACAUCAAUGAUGAAGGGAACUUCUAUUUCUUGGAGGGUUCCAAUGAUGCCCUGCUCUGUGGGAAUAGCAGCGAUGCCGGGCACUGCCCCGAGGGCUACGAGUGCAUAAAGGCUGGGCGGAACCCCAACUAUGGCUACACCAGCUACGACACCUUCAGCUGGGCCUUCCUGGCUCUCUUCCGUCUCAUGACACAGGACUACUGGGAGAACCUUUUCCAGCUGACCCUUCGAGCAGCUGGCAAGACCUACAUGAUCUUCUUCGUGGUCAUCAUCUUCCUGGGUUCCUUCUACCUCAUCAAUUUGAUCCUGGCGGUGGUGGCCAUGGCGUACGCUGAGCAGAAUGAGGCUACCCUGGCCGAAGACCAGGAGAAAGAGGAGGAGUUCCAACAGAUGCUUGAAAAAUUUAAAAAACAUCAGGAGGAACUGGAAAAGGCCAAGGCUGCCCAGGCUCUGGAAGGUGGAGAGGAGGCAGAUGGGGACCCAACCCACAACAAAGACUGCAAUGGUAGCCUGGAUACAUCCGGGGAGAAGGGACCCCCGAGGCCAAGCUGCAGCGCAGACAGUGCCAUCUCAGAUGCUAUGGAGGAGCUGGAAGAGGCCCAUCAGAAGUGCCCCCCAUGGUGGUACAAGUGUGCUCACAAAGUGCUCAUCUGGAACUGCUGUGCCCCGUGGGUGAAGUUCAAACAUAUAAUCCACCUGAUCGUCAUGGACCCCUUUGUGGACCUGGGCAUCACCAUCUGCAUCGUGCUCAACACCCUCUUCAUGGCCAUGGAGCACUACCCCAUGACCGAGCACUUUGACAAUGUGCUCUCUGUGGGCAACUUGGUCUUCACCGGCAUCUUCACUGCAGAGAUGGUGCUGAAGCUGGUAGCCAUGGACCCCUACGAGUAUUUCCAACAGGGCUGGAACAUCUUCGACAGCUUCAUCGUCACCCUCAGCCUGGUGGAGCUGGGCCUGGCCAACGUACAGGGGCUAUCAGUGCUCCGUUCUUUCCGUCUGCUGCGUGUCUUCAAGCUGGCCAAGUCAUGGCCAACACUCAACAUGCUCAUCAAAAUCAUUGGCAACUCAGUGGGCGCACUGGGCAACCUGACACUGGUGUUGGCCAUCAUCGUCUUCAUCUUCGCUGUGGUGGGCAUGCAGCUGUUUGGCAAGAGCUAUAAGGAAUGUGUGUGCAAGAUUGCCUCAGACUGUAGCCUGCCCCGCUGGCACAUGCACGAUUUCUUCCACUCCUUCCUCAUCGUCUUCCGCAUCCUCUGUGGGGAAUGGAUCGAGACCAUGUGGGACUGCAUGGAGGUGGCUGGCCAAGCCAUGUGCCUCACUGUCUUCCUCAUGGUCAUGGUCAUUGGCAACCUGGUGGUCCUGAAUCUGUUCUUGGCUCUCCUGUUGAGCUCCUUCAGUGCUGACAGCCUGGCAGCAUCAGAUGAAGAUGGCGAGAUGAAUAACCUGCAGAUCGCCAUUGGGCGUAUCAAGUGGGGCAUCGGCUUUGCCAAAACCUUCCUCCUGGGGCUGUUGCAUGGCAAGAUCCUGAGCCCCAAGGACAUAAUGCUCAGCCUCGGCGAGCCCGGGGCUGCUGGGGAAAAUGGGGAGAGCACACCCGAGGAUGAGAAGAAGGAGCCGCCCCCGGGAGAUGGGGACAAGGAGCUGAAAGACAAUCAUAUCCUGAACCAUGUGGGCCUGACUGAUGGCCCCCGUUCCAGCAUCGAGAUGGACCACCUUAACUUCAUCAACAACCCCUACCUCACCAUCCAGGUGCCCAUUGCCUCGGAGGAGUCAGACCUGGAGAUGCCUACAGAGGAAGAGACUGACACCUUCUCAGAACCUGAGGACAUCAAGGGAUCUCUUGGAACCCAAGACUCACAUGCCCCGUGGUCCCCACAGAAGCCACUACAGCCCCUCUACGACGGGAACUCCUCUGUCUGCAGCACGGCUGACUACAAGCCCCCGGAAGAGGACCCUGAGGAGCAAGCUGAGGAGAACCCUGAAGGGGAGCUGCCUGAGGAAUGCUUCACGGAGGCCUGUGUGAAGCGCUGCCCUUGCCUCUAUGUGGACAUCUCCCAGGGCCGUGGGAAAAUGUGGUGGACACUGCGCAGGGCCUGUUUCAAGAUUGUUGAGCACAACUGGUUUGAGACCUUCAUUGUCUUCAUGAUCUUGCUCAGCAGUGGAGCCCUGGCCUUCGAGGACAUCUACAUUGAGCAGCGGCGAGUCAUCCGUACCAUCCUAGAAUACGCUGACAAGGUCUUCACCUACAUCUUCAUCCUGGAGAUGCUGCUAAAGUGGGUGGCCUAUGGCUUCAAGGUGUAUUUCACCAACGCCUGGUGCUGGCUCGAUUUCCUCAUUGUGGACGUCUCCAUCAUCAGCCUGGUGGCUAACUGGCUGGGUUACUCUGAGCUGGGGCCCAUCAAAUCCCUGCGCACGCUCCGGGCCCUUCGACCUCUGAGGGCAUUGUCCCGAUUUGAGGGCAUGAGGGUGGUGGUGAACGCCCUCCUGGGAGCCAUCCCCUCCAUCAUGAAUGUGCUCCUUGUCUGCCUCAUCUUCUGGCUCAUCUUCAGCAUCAUGGGGGUCAACUUGUUUGCUGGAAAGUUCUACUACUGCAUCAACACAACCACCUCUGAGAGAUUCGACAUCUCUGUGGUCAACAACAAGUCCGAGUGUGAGAGCCUCAUGUACACAGGCCAGGUCCGCUGGAUGAACGUCAAGGUCAACUACGACAACGUGGGUCUGGGCUAUCUCUCCCUCCUUCAGGUGGCCACUUUCAAAGGUUGGAUGGACAUCAUGUAUGCAGCUGUGGACUCCCGGGAGAAAGAGGAGCAGCCAGACUAUGAGGUGAACCUCUAUAUGUACCUUUACUUCGUCAUCUUCAUCAUCUUCGGCUCCUUCUUCACCCUUAACCUCUUCAUCGGCGUCAUCAUUGACAACUUCAACCAACAGAAGAAGAAGUUUGGAGGAAAAGAUAUCUUCAUGACAGAGGAACAGAAGAAAUACUACAACGCGAUGAAGAAGCUUGGCUCUAAGAAGCCCCAGAAGCCAAUUCCCCGGCCUCAGAACAAGAUCCAGGGCAUGGUGUACGACUUCGUGACGAAGCAGGUGUUUGACAUCUCCAUCAUGAUCCUCAUCUGCCUCAACAUGGUUACAAUGAUGGUGGAGACGGAUGACCAGAGCCAGCUCAAGGUGGACAUCCUGUAUAACAUCAACAUGGUCUUCAUUAUCAUCUUCACAGGGGAGUGUGUGCUGAAAAUGUUUGCCCUACGCCAUUACUACUUCACCAUUGGCUGGAAUAUCUUCGACUUUGUGGUUGUCAUCCUGUCCAUUGUGGGCCUUGCGCUCUCUGACUUGAUACAGAAAUACUUUGUGUCACCCACACUGUUCCGAGUGAUCCGCUUGGCUCGGAUCGGGCGUGUCUUGCGUCUGAUCCGUGGGGCCAAGGGCAUCCGGACGCUGCUGUUCGCCCUGAUGAUGUCCCUGCCUGCCCUCUUCAACAUCGGCCUCCUCCUCUUUCUGGUCAUGUUCAUUUACUCCAUCUUCGGCAUGUCUAACUUCGCCUAUGUCAAGAAAGAGUCAGGCAUCGACGACAUGUUUAACUUUGAGACCUUUGGCAACAGUAUCAUCUGCCUCUUCGAGAUCACUACGUCUGCUGGCUGGGACGGGCUUCUGAACCCCAUCCUUAACAGUGGGCCCCCAGACUGUGACCCGACACUGGAGAACCCGGGUACCAAUAUCAAGGGUGACUGCGGCAACCCAUCCAUCGGCAUCUGUUUCUUCUGCAGCUACAUUAUUAUCUCCUUCCUCAUCGUGGUCAAUAUGUACAUUGCUAUCAUCCUAGAGAAUUUCAAUGUGGCCACUGAAGAGAGCAGUGAGCCUCUCAGUGAGGAUGACUUUGAGAUGUUCUACGAGACCUGGGAGAAGUUUGACCCCGAUGCCACUCAGUUCAUCGACUACAGCCGCCUUUCUGACUUUGUGGACACCCUGCAGGAGCCCCUGAAAAUCGCCAAGCCCAAUAAGAUCAAACUUAUCACAUUAGAUCUGCCCAUGGUACCCGGGGACAAGAUACACUGCCUGGACAUCCUCUUUGCCCUGACCAAAGAGGUACUGGGUGACUCUGGGGAAAUGGAUGCCCUCAAGCAGACCAUGGAAGAGAAGUUUAUGGCAGCCAAUCCCUCCAAGGUCUCCUAUGAGCCCAUCACCACCACCCUCAAGAGGAAGCAGGAGGAGGUGUGUGCUAUCAAAAUCCAGAGAGCCUACCGCCGCCACCUGCUGCAGCGCUCUGUAAAGCAGGCCUCCUACAUGUACCGCCACAGCCAGGAUGGCAAUGGCGAUGGGGCCCCAGAGAAGGAGGGAUUGCUUGCCAACACCAUGAACAAGAUGUAUGGCUCUGAAAAAGAGGACAACGGUGUGCAGAGCCAGGGGGAGGAAAAGAAGAGCUCUACAGAGGAUGCUGGACCCACCACGGAGGUCACACCCACCAGCAGCUCGGAUACUGCCCUGACUCCUCCUCCUCCUCCACCCCCACCAUCAUCACCAUCACAAGGGCAGACAGUGCGCCCAGGGGUCAAAGAGUCUCUUGUCUAGACAGCAGCAUCAAAGCUGCAUGCAGAGUUGGGGAACAGGGCUUUGAGAUGGGGGCUAUAUGGGGCUUGACGCCUGGGCUGAGGGAAAUGGAAAUUGUGCUCAGGGUUUAGGUGGGUCUGAAGCCCCUGCCUCCUGAUUUCAUCCUUACGAUGCUCUGACAUUCUCUUGGUCAGGGGAAAGCCAGGACAUCAGAAUGCUGUUUCCUUCUUGGGGAAGAGCCAGCAUACCAUAGAGGAGUUGGCCACCUUCCUGUCACCACUUUAAGAGCCCAGGUGCCCUGGCUCUAGCCAGAACAAAGACAAACCUUAACCCCGAAACCUACCCCUGACCCCAGGGCUUAGCUACCCCUCCCAACCCCAUGAUUCUGGGACACAGCUUCCCCCACCCCUCCCACCCCCCGCCAGCUCAGGAAGGCCCUGCAAAAGGGAAAUGGUUCUGGUACAGAAAUUGUUGCACGGAGCCAAUUGGCCGCUGGAUCCGGAUGUAUCAGGCUGGAAACAUGACUUCUGAAACUUUUCACCCAGUCAUAUCCAGGCCGGUGGACAGCUCCCCCUGCUGGCCCCUGGGGGAAGAGCUAAGGAAGGAUUUGCCCUAAGGAAUUCUCUUUCUCUGGAUUGCAUGGAUGGGUCCUACAGGCUGGGUCCUGCCAGCUGCAUUCAUGCACUUGAGCCUGAGCACCCACAUCUGCCUGAGGUCAGGUUGGAAGCUCUCUGACAAGAAUCUGUCCGCUCCCUCCUCCUUAUUUUCUUGCCGUCUUCCUUUGACCACCAGGGCUCCUGGAAGCCCCAUCAAGUUCGAGAGACCUCCUUCUUCCUGUUUAAUCUCUGCCCAUCUCUUCCCUGUCCCUUCUUUGCUUCCUCAAGGGACUCAGAGAGUGUUAGAACUCGCCACACAGAGGGACUGAUGCUGGGGUGUGCAGUGAGAAGGCUCACCAGACUUCACUUCAGUCUUCCUGCUGCCUGGAAAGCCACUCCCACCCCCACCCCCCCACCCCAGACACAGUUUCUUUUCUCUGUGUAUCCCCGGUUAUCUUGGAAUUAAUUCUGUAGAUCAGGCUAGCCUCAAACUCAGGGAUCCGCCCACCUCUGCCUCCCACGUGCUGAAAUUAAAGACAUGCACCACCAUGGCCAAGAGGAAAGCCACUUUGCUUAGCUCUGCUCACCAGGACCUGACUUCACCAGGCUCAGAGAACAGAGACCAGGCUUGGAAGAGGGAAUGAGGGUCCUGUUCAGAGGUCUCUGGAUUCAGCAGUCGCUCAUGUGUGUGCCUGCACCUCUGUGCCUGUGAGCCUGGGCUCAUGAGUUUGUGCACCACUGUAUGUAUGUGAACCACUGUGCCUGCAGAUACGCACGUGUCUGUGAGUGUUUGUGUCUAUGUGUGUCAGAAUGAGAGAGAGAGACAGAGACAGAGACAGAGACAGACAAAGAGAAAGACAGACAGAGACAGAGAAAGAGAGUGAAAGAGGAUGGACAUUUUGUCUUCUCUGCCCAUUUGUUCAUCUAAGCAUCCCUAAAUGUGGGAGAGUGUACUUUCCUGUGCUUGAGUAAAUAGGGAGGAACAUAUAUCUGAACUUUGAGUCUCCUCUUGACCUAAAUUCCUCUUCUUUUUCAUCUUGUUUCUCAUAAACCGUUUGGGUAAAACUCAGGAAGUGGCAAAAACAAGAUGUGUGCGCACGUGCAUUCACAUAUGUUGGCGCCACGGGUCUCUUUGUGCUUACCCUGCUCGCUCAGCCCUCCCCACCUCACCUGGAUGGCCCUCUGGCUCCCUCUUCUGAGCUUCUGUCUCUCCCUUUCUCCGUUUUUUUGUCCUCACACCCAUGGCCUCACCCCCUCUAUUUCUCCUUUCCAUGUCUCUUGUGUUGAAGGAGUUGAGUCCUCCUUCCUGUGGUGACUGACUGUCCCCUCAGAAGGUCCCUGCAGUGGGAGCCAGUAGCCCCUCUCCCAGAGCCCAGCUCCUCUGCCUUUCCCACACUGGCCCAGCCUGGCUUGGCCCUCAGAGCCUCAAGAAUCUAUUAGGUCUGAUGUUCUCCACCAACUGUAAGAGUCACUGUGGAGGAAGAUCCGUGAGCAGAGCCAUCUGUCACUGCCUGUGGAACCCCCUCUGCUGAGUGAGCCCAGCUCCCACCUUGUCUAGGUGGGAACCAGCCUGACUCCAGGCUGUCGGAUAAGCUUCUUUGUACAGUUCUUAUAAUAAACCCUCUCCUGGUGCCUCUG